ACCGUCAGACGCCAGAACUCACAACCCAACCCGCUUCCAUUCCCACUUUCACUUCAGGGCGUCUGGCGUCGUCUCUCCCGGCUCCGGUCAGAUCGAUGGCGUCGGAGACGGCGGCGGAAGCCAUGGACGUCGAGGCACCAGUCCGGCCGUCCACCACCACCGCCGCCGCACCAAAACAUCGCUGCCCUCACGACCUACUAGCGGAGACCCGCGCCUCCGUCGAGGAGGUCGCCGCCCGGAUACUCGCCAUCAAGAAGGACGGCGCCCCAAAGUCCGAGCUCCGCGAGCUCGUCGCCCAGAUGUCCCUCCUCCUCAUCACGCUCCGCCAAGUGAACAGGGAGAUACUGAUGGAGGAGGAUAAGGUGAAGGCGCAGACGGAGGCGGCAAAGGCGCCGGUGGACUCCACGACGCUGAAGCUGCACAAUCUGCUGUACGAGAAAAACCACUACGUGAAGGCCAUAAGGUCGUGCCUCGACUUCCAGACGAAGCACCCGGGCAUUGACCUGGUGCCCGAGGAGGAGUUCCACCGCUCCGCGCCAGCUGACAUCCGUGACAAGACGCUUGCGGCUGACGCUGCUCACGACCUUAUGCUCAAGCGUCUCAACUUUGAGCUCGUCCAGCGUAAAGAACUAUGCGAGCGUCAUGAGAAAUUGGAACAACAGAAGAGCAGCUUGCUAGGGGCAAUUGCAAAUCAGAAAAAGUUUCUUUCAAGCCUCCCGUCACAUUUGAAAUCACUGAAGAAAGCAUCAUUGCCAGUGCAGCAGCAGCUGGGGAUGCUGCAUACCAAGAAACUAAAGCAGCACCAUGCAGCGGAGUUGCUCCCAGCUCCUCUUUAUAUAACUUACACCCAGCUGUUAGGACAGAAAGAAGCAUUUGGAGAUAAUAUUGAAGUGGAGAUCAAUGGAAGCACAAAGGAUGCUCAAACUUUUGCUCUGCAACAGGCCAAGCAGGAAAAUGCAGGCACUCUAUCAAAUGAUGAUAGGAUGGAUGAUGAUGCAAUUGAUGACGAAGAAGAUGCUCAGAGAAGAAGAUCAAGGUCCAGGAAGAAUUCGAAGGAAGCUAGUAAUCCUGCAUUGGCGUAUCAACUUCAUCCACUUAAAGUUGUUCUCCAUGUAUACGAUACUGAAGAUUCUGGAACCAAGCGUCUUAAACUCAUCACCCUGAGGUUUGAGUACUUGGCAAAGUUGAAUGUUGUCUGCGUUGGGCCUGAAGAUUCAGAGGGAAUGGAUAACAAUAUCCUGUGCAACCUAUUUCCAGAUGACACUGGUUUAGAGCUGCCUCAUCAGAUGGCUAAGCUUUACGUCGGGAAGACUCCCCAGUUCAGUGAAAAGGAUUCACGUCCAUACAAGUGGGCACAACAUCUAGCUGGUAUAGAUUUCUUGCCGGAAGUUCCUCUGUCUGUUGGGGAUGAUUCUAACAGAGCAUUGAGAAGUGCUGAUUUGUCAUCUGGGCUUGCACUAUACCGUCAGCAGAAUCGUGCGCAGACUAUUUUGCAGAGAAUCCGCUCCCGGAAAACUGCACAAAUGGCUCUCACGUGGCAACUUAGUUAUUUAACUAAGCUGAGGUGGCCUCAGAUAGAACACGAGAAUACACCGUGGGCAUCACGCACCCCAUUGUGUAGUAUGCAUAGUUGGUCAUUGACAGGGUUUUCUCCUGAACCGUCGGCUCGUUCUGCUUUGAUGCCUACUGAACCUGCAGGGAGUGCUGACAGUGAUAUGGAGAGAAGGUCUGUGACAAACGGGCAGGAAACUGAGAGUAUCAGGGAGGAUGGUGAGCUUCCGGUUGUGGUUCGUGCUGAACAUAUGCUAAAUGGUUCUAAAGCGUCACACUCAGAGGUCCCGCCUGAAGUUCGAAACCAUUCUAGAGGCUUAUCCCUUAUAUCAAAGAGCUCCACACCAUCAAAGCUAACCAUCUCACACAGUUUUGGCAGAAAUGAGGAUGAUCUUGAUUUCUUAAUGGACAGUGACAGUGAGUUGGAGGAGUUGACAUGUGCUGACCAAGAAACUGAACAAGGUAGCCUCACUAUAGAUAAAUCCUGGGAGGACUAUGCUUCCAGGGAGUUCACCAUGGUCUUGAGUAAAACUUUGAAAAAUGGUCCAAAAGUCAUGCUGGAAGCCAAGAUCAAAAUUAGCAUGGAAUACCCUCUUAGGCCACCACUUUUCAGAUUGCAGUUGCUUUCUGAAAAGACCGAAGCUUUAAAAUGUCACAAUGAUCUCCGUGCAAUGGAAGCUGAGGUGAAUCUUCACAUCCUCCGAAUAAUGCCUUCGUCAUAUGAGGACUAUAUAUUAACCCACCAGGUUCUGUGCCUGGCUAUGUUAUUUGAUAUGCAUUUUGACGAGGAUCACGAGAAAAGAAAAGUUACUUCGGUGAUUGAUGUUGGGCUCUGCAAACCAGUUAGUGGAACUAUGCUUACUAGAUCAGUUAGGGGAAGAGAUCGCAGACAGACUAUCUAUUGGCGAGGUGCUGAUUGCUCUAGUUACUUGUAGUGUGUGUGCGGACGAACUGAGCAUUUUCUUGUGUUAUUCGGAGGAAACGGAGAUGCGGAUACUGCUUUUGUUGCACUUCGUAAGAUACCUCCUAUACUGGGACUCUGUGACCAACAUGAACAGUACCUGGCAAGCUUGUUCAUGUUAACUGGAGAUGCGUUGCCGUGACAAGCCUGUUCAUGUUGGGUGGAGAGACAUGUUUUGCUGUUGCCUAACAAUCAUUAUGUAACUGUUAUGAUCUUUGACACCGAAUCACAAAGAAUUGUAAAACUCGCUGUGUCCC